UCCUUACCUGCAGCUAUUACAUGCUCCGUGGCCCCAAGGAGCGCACUCAGUGCGUCACAGGGACGUACCUGAAACCUGGAUUUAUUUCGGACAAAUAAGAAAAUAGUUGGAAGCGCAUAGUUGGGAUCGUUUUCCCAUUUCAAAUUUAGAAUACAAAUUGAACACUGUUAUUUGAGUUAUCGUAGGCAGUUAUUGUUUUUCUUACACGAAUUAGACUAUAGAUCACAAAUCGCGCGUUCAGCACACCGGUUUACCAAUAGUUUAUUCUCUACGCACCCUCCGCGCGCAAGGCUGGUAGUUUUCCUUCCCAACAUUAAUGAUCUGUUAGGCCGACUCAGUAACGCGUAAUUGCUGCGUCCUUCUUCGUGUAAGUUUUUCAACAUGUCAAAGUCAGCCGAUUCAUUUGACGACUCUGAUUGUGUCUGUUCCUUUGGGAUGAAGUUAACCUGGGAUAUCAACGAUCCAAAGCUGCCCCGGGAUAUCAAACAGUACGACACAUUCCAGGAAUGGACGGACGGUUAUGUUCGGUUCAUAUACAACAGUGAGGACAAGAACGCACAGAGACACCUCAGCGGUUGGGCGAUGCGGAACACGAACAACCACAACUACCAGAUUCUCAAGAAGUCGUGCCUUGGUGUUGUCGUCUGUGGCAGGAACUGCACGCUCGCCGACGGCAGCAAAAUACAGCUCAGACCAGCUAUUUGCGACAAAGCACGCCAAAAGCAACAGAAGAAGGUCUGUCCCAGCUGUGACUCGCCUCUGGAGCUCAUGCCUUGCAGGGGACACAGUGGCUACCCUGUCACAAACUUCUGGAGGUUAGAGGAAAAGGCUGUGUUUUUUCAGGCUAAAGGAGUGCAUGACCACCCCAGGCCAGAAAGCAAAUCUGAGACUGAGACCAGGAGAACUACACUGAAAAGGAGGAUGUCCUCCCCACAGUUCAAUCAUAAAAAGAGGCUCCUGGAAUCAGAGGUGGGGAGGAUCCACGAUCCGGGCGUCCCCUUCCCGAGCCUGCAGCACCUGUCCUAUGCGGACGGCCCAGACCGCUUCAGCCUAGUGGAGCACAGCUUCCCCCUGCAGGCUCAGCCCUACCCGCCCUUCUCGAACCCGGAUCCAUACAGGUUCAGCUACGACCCCGCUGCUGUCGCCACAGAGCCUGUCUCUCCCCUGCAGAACAGCACCAGCCACCGGCUGUACGUGCCACGCCCGCCAUACGGCUAUGACUUCACCAUGCCCAGCUACUUGGGUUCAGGCUCCUACGCGUCGCUCUGCAAGGAGCCCUGCAGCGCCCCCGUGGGGGAGGGGGAUUCCAGUAAAGCUGGGGCUGGGCUGCCCCCAUCCCAGCAUGGGGCUGCCCCCCUGAGCGCUCAUGACUGUGGCUACGCUCCCCCUGGAAAACACCAGGGCUGGAAAACGGCCUUGGGUAGGGUGGGGCACGGGGACCGGGGGGAUUAUGUCCAGACUCCCUCAGGGUCCAACCACCCUUACUACAACAGCGAGUACCUGUACAGGUACCCCGGGGGUGCCUCAGGGCCUACUGCCUCUCCGACCGCCACAGGCCCCCUGCAGACAGUCAUCACUACCACCACCAAGGUCUCCUACCAGCCCUGCAAUCCCGCCGCCGUCAAGUACGGCGACAACUUCUACGACGUCAAAAGCGCCACCAGCUGUGACUCGCUGCAAGACGCUGACUCGCCUCCUUCCUACCCCGACCUGAAAAUUUCUGAGGACUCUGGAGUCAUCAAAUCCGCCAUCCCGUAUGAGCAGGAGUCACUGGCUGCCAAGCUGGAGAGGGCGGAGAGCCUGGAGGCCUAUCGGUGCAGGAGUUAUUCGUCCUACAGCUACCCAGAACGCAUGCUGCACUCCUUUAAAUACGAUGGUGGAGAGUACUGAUAUUCACCUAAAGCUGCAGAGUCCACAAGAGUUGUAUUUCAACAAAAUUUUACCAAAAGGAAAAAAGGCCAGUCAUUCCUUUCAUUACUGCAAGUUGCAUAUUAAGUGGUUGCAGAUAUUUAUUGAAAAAGUGUACAAAGGAAAAAAUACUGUAGGCCUGUUUCUGGGCUAAUUUCCAGACUCAAACAAAAGGCAAAGUCAUUGACAUUUGGCCCAGAGUUUGCCAAUGCAUAGUGUAAAUAUAUCUUAUUUAUAUGCUUAAAUUGUGUAAAGGAUUUUGGAUGAACAUCUUUGCUGUUUUUCUAAAAAGCCAUAAAGACUUAAAAUUCAUGUUA